AAAAGGAAAAGAAAAGGAAACAGGGGACAACCAAAAGAAGUGCAUUUCCAUUCUAAAGGCGCUGCUGCCGUCUCUGAUGAUUCUUCUUCCGUUCAAAGAAGCUUCGCGCAGAGAGAAAUCGAUGAGUAUACCCUAAUCUCAUGAUCUUCCCUCUUUCUCCAACAAACCCAAUUGCCGAAGUAUUGUCUACGCAGGCAAAGUCCUGCUGAUUUUUCAUGCCUCCAGAGCUGGUGCUAGCUGAAGUUCCUCUGGCAAAAUUAUGUUUAUGAGUCUCCGGAAAUAUUCUGAUGGGACUACCUGUCGUUAGCCCUUCAAGCUAUGCAUUAAUGGCCAACGCCAAUAGCGCAAAUGAUCAGGAAUGGGUCGAGAAAGUUAAAUCAGGUGGGGCCGUUCCACAUCUUGACCCAGAUAAUUGCCCAAAAGGGUGGGCGUCCCCACCUGGGGACAUCUUCAUGGUCCGAGGCCCGGAAUAUUUCUCAACCCGUGUAAAAGUUCCUGCUGGUGAAUGCCUCCUCAAACCUCUUGGGUUUGAUUGGAUCAAAAGCUCCACAAAGAUCUCAGAGGUCCUAAAUAACCCCAAUAGUCGUGUGAGGAAGGCCAUUGAGAGGGAGUUCCCUGAGGGUGAGAGACCGUUUGUAUGGGCUUUCAAUUUGCAGGUCCCAAGCAAGGAUAACUACAGCGCUGUGGCUUAUUUUGUGUCUGAUGAACCAGUUCUGGACGGUUCAUUGAUGGAUCGGUUCUUGCGAGGUGAUGAUGGGUUCAGAAACUCGAGGCUCAAGUUGAUUGCCAACAUUGUGAAGGGCCCAUGGAUAGUUAAGAAGGCAGUUGGUGAGCAGGCAAUUUGUAUCAUAGGACGGGCCCUUACUUGUAAAUAUUUCAAAGCAGAUAAAUUCUUGGAAGUGGAUAUAGAUAUUGGAUCUUCUAUGAUGGCAAGUGCUAUAGUUCAUUUAGCAUUUGGAUACAUCACCACGUUGACGGUUGACUUGGCUUUUCUCAUAGAAAGUCAAACAGAGUCAGAGCUCCCUGAGAAAAUCUUGGGCGCUGUGAGAUUCUCUGAGUUGAAUCCUGCCUCAGCAAAGCCUAUUGAAUCUUCAUUGACCGAUGAGAGUGGAGCUAGUGAUAAUCUGCAGUCAUCUCUACCCACGAGAUGGUGGAAGUCGCUGGGGCAAGGAUUUUCGCAUCUUGUACGUCAUAAUUCCCAAGAAGGGUCCCGCUCAGGCCCUGGGCAUGUGAAUGGCAUUGCAGAUCAUGACAGCGGCAGUGAAAAGACUGAAAAAUGAUUGCGAGUUCUUAUUGGGUGCUGAUCGAAGGUUAUGUUUCCUUGAAAGGGAUCGAAGCAUCUAGUCUUGAAGACAGUUCUUGGCUUCCUCUCCUAUUGCUGCAGAUAUUUAACUGCGAUUUAGAUAAUUAUACAUACAUAUAUACAUAAUAUGCACGUUAACGUGGGUAGAUGAUUUUUCACAUUCCUGCCGUCCAUUCAAUAUUGACCUCUGUACUUAUUCAUUGGUACUGUGCUUAUGAAGAUAACGUAGCUAUGAAGCUAGAAGGGGCAUAUGAAUUAUUCAUUUCCAUUGACUUGUAGUACAAUGAAUUCUCUUGGAUGCUUAAGUGCAGAAGCGACUUUUUUUUUCCUUU